ACAGAACAUACUAGAACUUCAAUGAAUCAUUAUAAACAUCCACGUCGUAAUGCCGUAGAACGCGGGGGAUAUAGAAGACAUACAAUAAAUCAAAGAAACAACAUGACGGACAGCGGGCAAACAAAUAAUAAUGAAUGUCCGAACAGCUCUCCUGGUACAUCAAACCCACAAAAUCAGCCAGAACAUGCUGGUGGAUUUACCAAGAUACCACCAAAUGAAUCAAGACGGAGCAAAUUGCUGAGUAUCUCACAGAAAGGAGAGGAGAAUCUGAGGAGACUGAAGGAGGAGAAUCGUCCCGGUCCCAUUCAUCUGCCUCCAGAGAGACUAGGUGGCAACGUUUCAUUGGAAGAAGUCAGACAGAAACAGUGGGUGAAUGCACGGAACUCAAAGAUUGAAAAAAAGGUCAAAAAGGAGGAAAUGGAUAAAAUGAAAAGACAGGCAGAGGAAGAAACAAAUGAGAAGAUGAAGGCCAAACAGCGAGAGAAGGCCAAUAAGCUAGAAAUGAGGAAAAAGCAAGAAGACGAAAGGAGAAAGCAGCAACACCAACAAGACAAACAAAAGAAAACAGAGGAGUUUCUUCAAAGAUUUGAGAGGUCCUCCAGUACCGUUUCCAUGGCAGCCAGCAAUUCCAUACCAGCAUCACCCUGGACUAAAUGUCAUGAGUACAGGGAAUCCAGAAGAGCAGAGGAGAAUGCAAGCCUGCUUAAAAUGCAAGAGGAGCAAAGAAGAAAGGCAGCAAUCUUGGAGGAGAAGCAAAAGCAACAGGAGGAGGACAGGAAGAGACAGACUGAAGCUGACCAUCGGCGGGUGAACUCGGCCUUCCUUGACCGUCUGGAGGCGAGCGGUUCAGGUGUCAGGGUGUCUGAACCUGUGACCCAAACCCUUGAAAGCAGUAACGUCUGGCUGGAAGAGGAUGACGAACCACAGGAUACAGCUUUAUCCACAUCACGCAACCCAUCCCAGGUCCAUACAGACAGUGCAGAGGAGGAUGAUGGUGACUAUACAUGGACCGUGAUGAAGCUUCAGAAUCUUUUUCCAGAUUUCAAGCGAGAUAUGCUGGAAGACAUCGUCAUACAGUGUAAUGGCAAUUACAAAAAAGCAUUUGAGCUGCUUAAUGUGUAAAUCAACAAUUUUUGUCCAUAAAAAGGGAACAUUCCACUUGUUUUACGGAAAUAGGCUCAAUUUACAACUUCUCUAUAGUUAAGCAGUGGAGUUUCACUAUUUUUAAAUCCAUUCAGAAGAUCUUUGGUUCUGGCGGGAUCACUUUUAGCUUAGCAUAAAUCAUUGAAUCAGAUUAGACUAUUAGCAUCUUGAUAAUUUUUUUUUUAUCAAUUUACAUAAUUCUCCUAUUUAAAGCUUGACUCUUCUGAUCCCAUACUAGGAUCUCUCAUUCCAGUGUAAUAAUGAUGGAAAUUUGCUGCCAUACCAUGCAAUGAUAUUACACAGUGACCAAAAAUAGUCCCGGAAGUGUUAGGGCUCUUCGGUCUUGUUUAUUCUUGUUUGGUUAUUCUUAUUAAUUCCAGUCCAGGCACUGCUCUUGUCUUGUCACGUAAGUUUCUUUUGUCUUUUUGUUUUUGUUUUGAAUGUGCGGGCUUUGGUGAGCUUGUUUUUGUAUAGAGGUCAUGUGAUCUUGGGCAACAGGAUAUACCUUGCCAGUCCAGCCCAGUUAAUUUUGUUUCUAUUUUAUGUCUUCCUCCACUUAGUUGUUUUGGUUGCUCUUUUGUUUCUUUUAUUUUAAAUAAAAACCCAUCAUUUAACACUUGCAUCCUUCCCUCACCAAACCUGACAGGUAACUAACUAUACACCAAUGUGUAAUAUCAUUGUGCCUGUUACAGCCAUGGUACAGCAGGGAAGAUCCUUGAUUAUUACACCAGAAUAAGAGUAUAGUUCCUACUCUAAGAAAAUAGCAACUUAAAAUUUUCUGUCGGUCUUUGUAAAAGACAGAACCCAGAAAUAUAUAUAAUUUUUUUUUAAAGGAUGUCUUAUAGAUAUCUAAUAGACAUCUUAACAUGGCUAAAACAAUACUAAAUUUUGGCUGUCUGUGAAAGUCUAAUAAACGUCUAUGAAUCGGCCAGAACUAGACUACUCAUCAAGUAAACAGAAAUAAAGACUACUUGUAUGAAGUCUGUCUUAUCUGUCUAUUUGAUGACUAGUCUAUUUUUGUCUAUAUGUCUAUUAGAUUUUCACUGACAGCCCAAAUUUAGCCUUGUUUUAGCCAAGCUGUCGACGUUUAGAUACCUAUUAGAUGUCUAUUAAACACAAAAUUGCUUACUGGAAAUAGUCAAGUUUUAAAUAGGACAAGCUAAGCUAAAAGUGCUCUCACCAGACCCCCAGAGAUCAGCUGAAUGGAAUUAUUAUUAUUAUUAUUAUUUUUGUAAAACAGUUUAACUGUUUGUAAAUGGGUAUAUUUCUCAUAAAAAGUGGAGGGUUUCUUAUAUUUGGUCAUUGUUAACUCAGGAUGAUUGUAACUUUGUGUGCAAAUGAAAAUUUCUGGGUAAUCUUUUCUUUUAAAAUAAUGAAGAUUAUGAGCUUAGACAAUCAUUUUAGUAUCAUUUGAACUGAAACAAAAACAUUUUGCUGUUAUUUUUGUUCUGACACUUAAUGGAUUGAAAUUUAGCCACAGAGAAGAGAAAUCAAAACAAUAAAUCAAGAUCUGAGUCUGCAGCGGGAACGUUUAUGGAUCCCCUGAGUACAGUUCACAGGCUAAAUGAUGUGCGCUCACAAAAUCCAAAGGCUAAUUUAUAAUGAGGUAAAAGACUAGAGGAUUUAUGAACUCAUCCACCAUAGGGAUGGACAGUGAAAAACCAAAUCUUCAUACAGAUCAUUUACUUUCUGAAUGCUCUAUAGGUUCCUGCUAAAAUGAUGCAUGAAUUCAAAUAGGAUGCCUCUGUUUAUGUGAAAUAGAGUGCAACAGUUGUGUUCCGGAAGUAAAAAUUCCAUUCGUUUUCUCAAUGAAAAACAGAACUACUUUGAUGUAAAAGGUUGUUAAUCAGUGAUAUAAGGGUUUUUUGAAGCCAUCACCCUAAAAUAUUGCAAUCUGUUUUAACAAUAAGUGUGUUUAACAGCAUUAUUCUUGUCUACAGUCUGCAGACGGAAAUCUCUAUUUUAAAAGCGAAAGCGAGGCUGUGGUGGGAAGAAACCUGGAAGUAUCGCCUGAAGUCACACAGAAAUGGUGUCCGUGAUGUCAUGUUGUUGUGUACUUGGCUGUAAAUCUUAUCAGCAAAGAGAAAGUGACACAAAUUUAUCAUUUGACCAAAUGUAUCAUUUGGUCCGUUCUGAAUGGAUAAUGACUGCGCAAUAUCAUUGUGCCUGCUGCAGCCAUGGUAUAGCAGGAAAGUUUCUUGAUUAUUUUGCCAUAAAAAAGUAUAGUUCCUACUCUAAGCAAAUAGCAACUUUUAAUUUUCUGUCCGUCUUUGUAAACUUGAUCCACUACUUCCAGGUUUUCUAACCACCGCAGCCUCGCUUUAGUUUUUUAAAAUGGCAGCCAUGUGAAAUAAGUGUAAAGCUUUUUAAAGCAGCCAUUUGCCAUGAAGCCCUGCCAACGAUCUCAAUUUCAAUCAAACUAUUUAUAUUUUAAAUAUAUUUGUAUUUGUAUUGACAAUUGGAAAUCCGCAAAUAUAUUGGUAUACUAUAAUCAACUUUGAAUCUUUAAGGUGAUUGAUAUAAACGUUUUAUGGUACAUUUAUUCUACAGAAAAUGUAAGAAUAGUUGGUUAAUUGCUGAUUUAGAUAUACAGUAAUUGGGAACAUAUUAAUAUAAUAUAAAACUGCAGUUGCAGGUACAUAUUGAAAACAGAUAAACAUAUAAGCAUUAUUUUUUAAUAUUAAUAUUUUAAAACGGUGAUUUCAUUAAUCUUAAGAGAUCAAUUUAUACGGACAAAUAGUUUAAUUUUUAUUUCACAGUGAUUCAUGGGAUAGUUCUAUUUCCUUAUUUAAUCCACAAAACACAGUGGUAACUGAAACCGAACGUUUUUGAAAACGGGCCAAGAUUUUCAGAAUCUUUAGUAACACUCUUUUUGCCUAAUGAUGUCAGCAUGCGUGCUGUUUUCUCCUUUCUGAUUGGCUAACGUUGCUUUAUUCUGAGGCUUUUUCCACAACCUGUUGAUUUGGCAAGCAUUUGACAGUGCUUUCAGUUUCUUUUAAAUCGAAGGCAGGAAAAACUAUGUUCAUGAAAAUUUGACACAUUACACUUGGAAAUGGCCUAAGUUUACAAGUUGAAAAUUUGUUAAGUUUUAAAAACUAAAUUAGGUUAGUCAAAUUUGGAUUUACUUUGUGACGAAGUUUUAAUUAAACCCAAAAUGUAAAUAUUAGCCCACGGUUUACUUACAACGUCUAGUUUGUGGUACUAAAUGCUCAGAAAAUUAUCAAAAGAAGAAGGCCACAGUACCUUAAUAAAUAUUGAUUAUUUUCUUACAAAAGCAUAUUAGUUUGCUACAAGAGAGCAUUACUUACUCCCUGUAGCAAUGUGAAGCACUUAUUAUGGAUAAAUGAGAUUUAUUGGACUUGUUUUGGACAGAGAAAAAACUAUUAGCAUAGUAGAACUGGAAGAUAAAUUCUUUAUAUAACUUCUCUUGGAAUCGAUGGGAAAAAAAAAGUUGUAUGUUUUAAGGGUAAGCAAAUGGGGUAUAUGCACAGCUAGUGUUUUUCAGCUAAUGAUAAACUUCCGGUGAAAGCUUAAUGUGACUAUUUUCAAUUGCAUAAAGUUUCUUUUACAGCAUCGAUGUUGUAAUGUAAUUACAAUACGUUCAGUUAAAUAGAUUAAGCAUUAUUUUGGAUGUUCAAGCGUAAAACGAGAUUAAAGACUGUGUAUACGGUAGUUCCUGGGUUUAAAAAAAACUGGGUUAAAAUAAACUAUCAUAUUUUAAAGACAUCAUGGGGGGAAAUGCAUAUACCCCUGUAUGCAUUUGCCCCAUUAUGGGCUAAUUUUAAAUUGUUGGGUGAACUAACCCUAGUUUAAUGCCCUAUUACUUUUUAAUACGUUUUUCUAAAAUCCUUAUUAUUUAUAACUAAAUGUAUGUAAAUGUUGUGUUAAACCAUAAAGCUUGUUGGCAGGGUUGACAGUUGCAAAGAUUAUAUAUUAGUGUCAUUCAAUGCUAGUGAUUUUACACAUAUUAUAAUUUCAUAGGUGACUAUAUGCAGUUGAAGUCAGAAUUAUUAGCCCCCCUGAAUAAUUACCUCCCCUGUUUAUUUUUCCCCAAUUUCUGUUUAACAGAGAGAAGAUUUUUUCAAC